GGCUCUUGUGGUGUGAAUCAUUUGUUUUUGCAGCAGGAGUUUUUUUAUACAUUGUUUUGCUUUGGACAAAGCAAGGUGAAGUGUUACUUCAUCCUGUGAAGGCCCGUCAUUUUUUUCAAUCCAGGGCCUAAAUUUUAAAAAUGGGCAACAAGACACCGUCAAAAAGCAAAUCAGGUUAUCCUAAAGAAAUGAACACAACCACAGUAUUCAAACAGGAGCAGCCUCAAACUUGGUGCUGCUGUUUUAAAAAACAAGUGUCUUAUAGAAUUCCAGCUCUCGUUUAUGUCAGUGAUGAGCAAACCUUCCUUGCCUUUGCUGAAAAGAGAAAAACAUUAAAUGACACAAAUGCAGAAGUGCUUGUGAUGAGAAGAGGAACAUGGGUGGAUGCCAAGACUAAAGAAGUUGAGUGGAUCUGUGGUCAUCAGGUGCUAAGUUCAGCUAGUCUACCAAACCACCGCAGCAUGAAUCCAUGUCCAGUCUACGAGAGAGACUCCAAGACCCUCUUCCUGUUCUUUGUCUGUGUUCCGACUCAGGUCUCUGAAUUUGAUCAAAUACGAACAAAUAAGAGCCAGGGGAGACUUUGUUAUGUAACCAGUAAGGACGCUGGCAAAACCUGGAGCCAAACAAUAGACUUGACAGCAGAUGUGAUCGGUGAGCAGGUGAACGAAUGGGCUCCCUUUGCUGUUGGACCAGGACACGGUGUUCAAACAAAGAACGGAAGACUGAUUAUCCCAGCAUAUGCCUAUCGCUACACAGGCAAAACUGACUGCACUUCAUGCUGCUGCUUAUCAUUCUGCUGCUUCACACCGUAUGCUUUAGCUUUCUACAGUGAUGAUCAAGGAAUCACAUGGAAGGCAGGACAACAAAUGGACGUUGAGUCAUGUGAGUGUCAGAUGGCAGAGAUUGUAGGUGAGAAAGGUGACAGUACUCUUUACUGCAAUGCUCGAACCCGUCUUGGUUACAGAACUGAGGCUCUAAGCAACAACGCUGGAGAGGAUUUUGACACUGUUUUAUCCUCAAGCAAGCUGAUAGAGACUGGUAAGGGAUGUCAAGGCAGUGUGUUGAGCUUUGUUGAACAAAGUAGUCCUCCACAAACAUGGCUGCUCUACUCCCAUCCAUCCCAUCCAAAAAAGAGAGUGGAUCUUGGACUCUACUUGAAUAAAUCCCCAUUGGAUUCCUCGGGGUGGUCAGAUGAACCUUUAAUGAUAUUACAUCAUGGUCCCAGUGCAUACUCAGAUCUGGUAGAGUUUGAGCCUGGACACUUUGCUUGUCUCAUGGAGUGUGGGAAGGAACACGAGAAUGAAGAAAUAGCCUUUUUGCUCUUCAAACUCCCUGAGAAAAAGCUGUAACAUUUUUGCAAAAAAAUUGAACCUUAAUGAAUGGAUCAUGAAAAAUCAAUUAAUACUUGAACAUGUAAUCAAUUGAAUCGUACAAUAUAACAAUUUAUAACGUGAUAAAUUUCACUGAGCUAAAUUACAAAAUAUAUAUCUUUAAUGUGGGGUGAUGCAGUGGCACAGUAGGUAGUGCUGUCGCCUCACAGCAAGAAGGUCGCUGGAUUGAUCCUCGGCUCAGUUGGCAUUUCUGUGUGGAGUUUGCAUGUUCUCUCUGCAUUUGUGUGGGUUUCCUCCGGGUGCUCUGGUUUCCCCCACAGUCCAAAGACAUGCAGUACAUGUAAAUUGGGUAGGCUAAAUUGUCCGUAGUGGAUGUGUGUGUGUGUGUGUGUGUGUGUGUGUGUGUGUGUGUGUGUGUGUGUGUGUGUGUGUGUGUGUGUGUGUGUGUGUGGGUGUGUGUGUGUGUGUGUGUGUGUGUGUGUGUGUGUUUGGAUGUUUCCCAGAGAUGGGUUGCGGCUGAAAAGGGCAUCCGCUGCGUAAAAAUGUGCUAGAUAAGUUGGUGGUUCAUUCCACUGUGGCGACCCCGGAUUAAUAAAGGGACUAAGCCGACAAGAAAAUGAAUGAAUGAACAUCUUUAAUUUAAGACAAAUGGAAAUUUCUCCUUUUUUUUUUUUUUUUUUUUGCAUAAGCUGAAAAUUCUAAAAACCAAAGUGUAUUUUAAUUUUCAUUACAAUCCAGUUUUUUUUAUUUGCCAUUUGUUUGUUGUUGAAUUUAUCUCCGUAAAUACUGAUCUUGAAACUGGGGUCUAUGUGGAAUCAAACAGACUGUGUUGUACUGUAUAUAUUCUGCUGAUUAUAAUACGUAUAAUAGAUUAUUAGUUUAACCGAUCUAUUAUGUAUUACAUUCAUAUAACAGACAAUUUAAUGCCAGUGUACUGCCUUUUAUCACUUUUGCUGAACUAGUGUCAGACACAUUUGAAUAAAAUGCAAACUGUGUAACAAUGUGUUUACUCAUUUUAAACAAUAUAUAACCAAUAUAAGAUAUAAUUGAUUCUCUUUUGUUCUACAUUCUUGUCAAUAAAGUCCACUGCAAAUA